AUGCGAUCAUCGGUCCAGAUAAGGUACUGUCUCCUCAAGGCGGGUGUAUAUUGCAUGAUUGCGGAGCUUCAAAUGCGACAGGUUGGCAACCUGCCACCAGCAAGUAGUCAAGCUUCAGCUUCAACACCUACUACAACGCCGAUCGAUACGCCAGUGGAUGCACCAACUUCAACACCUGCUGUAGUCCCACAAACCACACCUGAUCUUCCUCCAUCCGCUGCUCCUACGCCGGCAAUAUCUUCAAUCGUCAGCGACGUACCAGCGCCGAGUCCAGUGCAGACAACGGCCCAAGCUCAAGCACCAGCGUCUUUGACACCGAGUGCAGAAACUUCGCCAACAGAUGCUCCUAUACCAGCUUCUACAACUUCACUACCAGAUAACACACCCCCACCAGCCCAAGCUUCGUCAUCUAUUUCCAUACCAGCUGCCUUUACGCCAGCGCCUCAAGAAUCUGCUAUCUCAUCCUCAAUCACAGCUUUCUCAAUCUACGAAUCUGAGGCCAUCCCAGCUUCUCCAACCUCGACUCAAGCUUCCACAGCCCAAGCCUCCUCAAUAGCAGAAUCCAAUUCAAAUGAACAAUCUACCACUUCACCAACCUCCACCAACAAACAUCUAGCACCCCUCGCAAUAGCAGGGAUCACCAUUUUGGUCCUCGGCUUCGUAGCCACCAUCGUCAGCCUAGCAUCCAUCCAACUCCGCCGCCGAAAACGCAAAUCGUACAUCGCAUCCCAGCGCCUCGAGGAGAAACUCCGUCCCAUGACCGAAGAUGGACCCUCUCCACCCAACUCAUCAGGAAGAGGUCUCCCCUGGGAUAGCCGGAGACAAAACAAAGCUAGUGCCGUAAUGGGCAUCGAAGUCGGUCCUCGCCAGCCAGAAUCUGAAGAACGACCCAAGUCUCGGGGCAAAGGAGCUGGUGAAAGCGGCAACAACGUACCACCAUCCUCGUUCCCGAUGUUGGGGAUAGGGACAGGGGCUCCGCAAGGGGUUAAUACACAGAGCCCACCUGGAUCGGGGAAUAGUAUUAAGAGGACGGGGACCGGUGGGGGUGCAGGCGCGCAGCAACCUUUGAAGAGCGCGAUGAAGAAGCCCCGGGAUAGGCCGAAGAGUCGACCGUUGAUUAUUGCGGAUGGAAAGGAAAUGAAUUUCGGGUUUAAUCCUUUGGGGAGUAAUCCCAGGAGCCCGACAUAG